CGUCACCAUCAUAUACAUCUCUAAUCAAUUCAAUUGUUGUUCAAUUUUCAAUUUUGGAGUUAGAUAAGAGAGCUUCAGAGUUUUCCCCAUUAAAGAUUCCAUUCCAUCGAAGCUUCUCUCUAUCUCUCUCGCUUAGAGAGUCAAAACAGUGGAAUUCUGAUAAUCUAUGGGGGAUCAGACAGAGCCCAGUUGGCCAUUAUUAUAUAAUGAGGAUAUUGCAGAAUCAAGAGAGGAGAGGAGAGGAAGAUAGAUAUAUAUACACACACACACAUAUAGAGAGAGAGAUAGAGAGAGAAGAGGAGGUAUUGAAAUGAAGAGGAGGGAGAUGGAGAAGGGUUCAGAGUCAGAGAUCAGGUCCGCCAUUGAAGAGCUGUCCAUGGCUGUUGCCAAAGCCAACAAACCUGCUGAUGCAACCGGAGAUCAUGUGCUUGACGAUGAUGCUGCCCAUGUCCCCACCAAGCCUUUCCUCUACGUCUGUAGCUUGUUGCUCCAAGUUCUCGAUAAGAUAGGGCCAACCAUGGCGGUUCUGAGGCAAGACAUGGAUCAGAACAUCCAGAGAUUAGAGAAGGUGCAUGAAUCUGAUCCUUCGAUGUACUCAAAUUUGGUUGAGAUACUGAAGAAAGAGGCCGCAGAAGGCAAUGCCAGAAAGAGCAAUAGCUGUAGCAGAGGCUUUGUUUGGCUUACCAGAUCACUGGAUUUUACUGUAGCAUUGCUGCAAUUACUGGUGAAGGAUUCUGAAAGGAAUAUGGAUGAAGCUGUGGAAGAAGCAUACGAUGUCGCUCUAAGACCAUGGCACGGGUGGAUUUCUUCCGCUGCUUACAAAGUUGCUCUUAAACUGGUGCCGGACAAUAAAACUCUUAUCAACAUACUCAAGGCCAAAGAUGAAGAAGGUGUUGAUGGUCUGAAGGAGGAAAUGCGGAGCCUAAUCUCACUGCUUGUGCCUCUUCUUGAGCAAAAUCACUCUAUUUUGAGCUCCCAUGGCUUGGAUAGGUUAAAGGCCACCUGAUCAUCAAUCAGGCGUGAUUUUAUACAUAAGAAGCCAAAAGAAAUUUACUGAGAUAUAUGUACAAAUAUAUAUAUAUAUAUAUUAGUUAUGUAUGCAGUUUUGCUAUGUAGAGUUUGACCCAAUUUUCCUUUCCUGUGAAUAGGAACACGUGUAUAAUUAUGUUCAUGUUUCAAAAGAGACAUCUUCUAAUACAAAUGAUAUUUGGGAUGAUGAUA